UCAGUUGUGUUUGUGUCUGUAUCAGGUUUUGGAGGAAGUUGUUUUCAGAAGGAUGUGCUGAAUUUGGUGUAUCUGUGUGAGGCACUGAAUCUCCCAGAGGUUGCUUCAUACUGGCAACAGGUGAUUGACAUGAACGAAUAUCAGAGAAAGAGAUUUGCCUGUCGGAUCAUUGACUGCCUGUUUAACACCGUUACAGGGAAGAAAAUCGCUUUGUUAGGUUUCUCCUUCAAGAAGGACACGGGAGACACCAGAGAGUCCUCCAGUAUAUACAUCUCUAAGUAUCUGAUGGACGAAGGAGCCAAGCUGCAUAUUUAUGACCCUAAAGUGCUGAAGGAGCAGAUAAUCCAGGACCUGUCUCAACCCAGCAUUUCCGGAGACAACCCAGAGAGAGGUAUGCGUGUUGAGCAGAUAAAACCAUGCAUUAGGUCAAGAGGGAGCGAGUGCUGUGUCAUGCAGUCAUGUAGGGGAGAGACUCGCAUAAGAGAACGCAGGAGAAAGUUUGCGUCUGCGUCAUACUACUAA